CCUCCCCUUGCUGAAAUCUGCAUGCGCCUCCCUCUGUGCUCUUUGACACAAGUUCUGGGGAUGUGAUUUGCUGUGUUUGUUUCCCUUUUACUUGGUUAUUUAAAGCAGUGACUUUUGCCAGGAACAUUCUGUUCCCGGAAGCUCUAAGCUGGUUCCCUCCCAUAGGCCGACUUGGUUUCAUUUUAUUGGAGUUUUUCAAGUUGCAGAGCAGUAAUAACUGCCUAUUCCUCUUGGCAGUGAGGUACCUGGAAUUGAGGGACCCCAACUGGCGACAAUGACAGCAGACGAGUUGGUUUUCUUUGUCAAUGGCAAAAAGGUGGUGGAGAAAAAUGCAGAUCCAGAAACAACCCUUUUGGCCUACCUGAGAAGAAAGUUGGGGCUGAGCGGGACCAAGCUGGGCUGUGGAGAAGGGGGCUGUGGGGCGUGCACCGUGAUGUUUUCCAAGUACGAUCGUCUCCAGAACAAGAUUGUCCACUUUCCUGCCAAUGCCUGCCUGGCCCCCAUCUGCUCCUUGCACCACGUUGCCGUGACGACUGUGGAAGGAAUAGGAAGCACAAAGUCGAGGCUGCAUCCUGUGCAGGAGAGAAUUGCCAAAAGCCACGGGUCCCAGUGCGGGUUCUGCACGCCUGGCAUCGUCAUGAGCAUGUACACACUGCUCCGGAACCAGCCCGAGCCCACCAUCGAGGAGAUCGAGGAUGCCUUCCAAGGGAACCUGUGCCGCUGCACAGGCUACAGACCCAUCCUCCAGGGCUUCCGGACCUUCGCCAGGGUUGGUGGGUGCUGUGGAGGAGAUGGGGACAACCCCAAGUGCUGCAUGAACCAGAAGAAAGACCACACGGUCACUCUCUCGCCAUCUUUAUUCAACCCAGAGGAGUUCACGCCCCUGGAUCCCACCCAGGAGCCCAUCUUCCCCCCAGAGCUGCUGAGACUGAAAGACGCUCCUCAGAAGCAGCUGCGUUUUGAAGGGGAACGUGUGACCUGGAUCCAGGCCUCGACCCUGACGGAGCUGCUGGACCUCAAAGCGCAGCACCCGGAGGCCAAGCUGGUGGUGGGGAACACGCAGAUCGGCAUCGAGAUGAAGUUUAAGAACAGGCUGUUUCCUGUGAUCGUUUGCCCAGCCUGGAUCCCCGAGCUGAAUUCAGUGGAGCACAGAGCCGAGGGUAUCUCCUUUGGAGCCGCUUGCCCCCUGAGUUGUGUGGAAAAGACCCUGCUCGAUGCAGUUGCAGAGCUUCCUGCCCACAGAACAGAGGUGUUCAGAGGCGUCCUGGAGCAGCUGCGUUGGUUUGCUGGGAGGCAGGUCAAGGCUGUGGCGUCCGUCGGAGGGAACAUCAUCACCGCCAGCCCCAUCUCCGACCUCAACCCCGUGUUCAUGGCCAGCGGGGCCAAGCUGACCAUCGUGUCUAGAGGCACCAGGAGGACGAUUCAGAUGGACCACACUUUCUUCCCCGGCUACAGACAGACCCUGCUACGUCCGGAGGAGGUGCUGCUGACUAUCGAGAUCCCCUACAGCAGGGAGGGUGAAUAUUUCUCAGCGUUCAAGCAGUCCUCCCGGAGAGAAGAUGACAUAGCCAAGGUGACCUGCGGCAUGAGGGUCCUGUUCCAGCCAGGAACCACCCAGGUAAAGGAGCUGGCCCUUUGCUAUGGCGGAAUGGCCGACAGGACCAUCUCAGCCCUCAAGACCACUGAGAAGCAGCUGUCAAAUUUCUGGAAUGAGAAGCUGCUGCAGGACGUGUGUGCAGGCCUGGCGGAGGAGCUGCAAAAGUGUGGUAAACUGGACCCCACCUUCACCAGCGCCACCUUACUCUUUCAGAAAGACCCUCCCGCCAACGUCCAGCUCUUCCAAGAGGUGCCCAAUGGUCAGUCUGAGGAGGACAUGGUGGGCCGGCCCCUGCCCCACCUGGCCGCAGCCCUGCAGGCCUCUGGGGAGGCCGUGUACUGUGACGACAUCCCUCGCUAUGAGAAUGAGCUGUCCCUCCGGCUGGUCACCAGCACCCGGGCCCACGCCAAGAUCAAGUCCAUUGAUACUUCAGAAGCUCAGAAGGUGCCAGGGUUUGUUUGCUUUCUCUCUGCUGAUGAUAUUCCUGGGAGUAACAAAACUGGACUUUUUAAUGAUGAAACAGUCCUUGCGAAGGAUGAGGUGACUUGUGUUGGGCACAUCAUUGGCGCUGUGGUCACCGACACCCCAGAACAUGCACAGAGAGCUGCUCAAGCGGUGAAAAUCACCUAUGAAGAACUUCCAGCCAUUAUCACAAUUGAGGAUGCUAUAAAACACAACUCCUUUUAUGGAUCUGAGCUGAAGAUUGAGAAAGGAGACCUCAAGAAGGGCUUUUCGGAAGCAGAUAACAUUGUUUCAGGAGAGUUGCACAUUGGUGGCCAAGAGCACUUCUACCUGGAGACGCACUGCACCAUCGCUGUCCCAAAAGGCGAGACAGGGGAGAUGGAGCUCUUUGCGUCUACACAGAACCCCAUGAAGACCCAAUCCUUUGUUGCAAACAUGUUGGGGGUUCCAGCAAAUCGAAUUUUGGUCCGAGUGAAGCGACUGGGAGGAGGCUUUGGAGGGAAGGAGACCCGGAGCACUGUGGUGUCCACAGCAGUGGCCCUGGCUGCAUACAAGACCGGCUGCCCUGUGCGCUGCAUGCUGGAUCGUGACGAGGACAUGCUGAUAACCGGCGGCAGACAUCCUUUCUUGGCCAGAUACAAGGUUGGCUUCAUGAAGACUGGGAAUAUUGUGGCUCUGGAGGUGGAUCACUACAGCAAUGCUGGGAACACCAUGGAUCUCUCUGAGGCUAUAAUGGAACGAGCUCUAUUCCACAUGGACAACUGCUACACAAUCCCCAACAUCCGGGGCACCGGCCGACUGUGCAAGACCAACCUGCCCUCCAACACAGCCUUCCGAGGCUUUGGGGGCCCCCAGGGGAUGCUCAUUGCCGAGCAGUGGAUGAGUGAAGUUGCAGUGACCUGUGGGCUGCCUGCAGAGGAAGUACGGAGGAAGAACAUGUACAAAGAAGGGGACUUGACACAUUUCAACCAGAAGCUUGAGGGGUUCACCUUGACCAGGUGCUGGGAUGAAUGCCUAGCAAGCUCUCAGUAUCACGCCCGGAAGAGGGAGAUUGACAAGUUCAACAAGGAGAAUUGUUGGAAAAAGAGAGGAUUGUCCAUAGUUCCUACCAAGUUUGGAAUAAGCUUCACACUUAAUUUUCUGAAUCAGGCAGGAGCCCUGAUUCAUGUGUACACAGAUGGCUCUGUGCUGCUGACCCAUGGGGGCACUGAGAUGGGCCAAGGCCUUCACACCAAGAUGGUCCAGGUGGCCAGCAGAGCUCUGAAAAUCCCCACCUCUAAGAUUUACAUCAGUGAGACGAGCACUAAUACCGUGCCCAACACCUCUCCCACAGCUGCCUCCGUCAGCGCUGACAUCAACGGACAGGCCGUCUACAAAGCUUGUCAGACCAUCCUGCAAAGGCUGGAACCCUUCAAGAGAAAGAAUCCUAGCGGCUCCUGGGAAGACUGGGUCAUAGCUGCUUACCAGGAUGCAGUGAGCUUGUCUGCUACUGGGUUUUAUAAAACACCUGACCUUGGCUACAGCUUUGAGACAAACUCAGGGAAUCCCUUCCACUACUUCUCAUAUGGGGUGGCUUGCUCUGAAGUGGAAAUUGACUGCUUAACAGGGGAUCAUAAGAACCUCCGCACAGACAUCGUCAUGGAUGUUGGCUCCAGUCUGAACCCUGCCAUCGAUAUUGGACAGGUGGAAGGGGCAUUUGUCCAGGGCCUUGGCCUCUUCACCCUGGAGGAGCUGCAGUAUUCUCCUGAGGGAAGCCUGUACACCCGCGGCCCCAGCACCUACAAGAUCCCUGCGUUUGGCAGCAUCCCCAUUGAGUUCAGGGUGUCCCUGCUCCGCGACAGCCCCAACAAGAAGGCCAUCUAUGCAUCCAAGGCUGUUGGGGAGCCGCCCCUCUUCCUGGCCGCCUCCAUCUUCUUUGCCAUCAAGGACGCCAUCCGCGCAGCUCGAGCUCAGCACACAGAUUAUAAUAUGAAGGAGCUUUUCCGGCUAGACAGCCCUGCCACCCCAGAGAAGAUCCGCAACGCCUGUGUGGACAAGUUCACCACCCUGUGUGUCACUGGUGCACCAAAAAACUGUAAAUCCUGGUGUCUGAGGGUCUGAAGAGAUAGCCCCCAGCGAAGUCUUCUUAUGCUAGACUGGGGCUUCCAUGGAGCGUGGAUCAUACCCUGCAGAACAUGAAUCUAUAGAAGUCGUAGGAUGGCACUGCUGUGAGUCAUCAGGAUGGUGUUUGGAAGAACACCGAUGCAUUGGAAGAUUUUGAUCAAAAAUAUGCUUUGCAAACAUAAUGAUAAGCAAAUUCAGAACUGUUGGGCCCAAGUGUUUAGUACACAAUUAGGGUCAUUACAUGUCUGUUUUAAUCAUGUAUUUGAAGUAGGUUUAGGAAGUAUUUGUGCUAUGUCUCAACUCACUAGGAAGCCUGUAUAACCUCAAGGGCUGGCAGUGUCUGUCCUUCAAAGAGGAUUCCCACAAACCUCCAGGAGCUUAAACCAAAGUUGUUCUAAAUCCGUGUGCUUUUCCUCAGAAAGCCUUUCCUUCAAACCAAUGUAUGUCAUAUUAUAACUCAGAUCCAUACUUAAUUUCCAGUGGGACAGUGGGGUGAGAGUCAAACCUCUACUCACCUUUGGGUCAUUGGAAGAGAAUAAAGACUGAAACAAAUUCAAGAUUAAUUGGAUCCAAUCUUGUUAAGCUGCAUAAAGUAAGAUUAUUCUAGAACACCAAAAGCC